GGGGAACUAUAAAACGCGUCUUCUUCCCCCAAAGUUUCGAUUCUUCUUCCCCGAUCUCCUGUUCGGCUACGGCGGCUGCUCUACCCUGCUCGGUUCAAGCAGGGCGACCUAUUUGUUUUCCAAAUAGUUGGCAAUUGUCUGGUGCCGCAUCCGAUACAUCAGCUUUUGCGAACUAUAAUGGCGGACGAGGAACCAGUCGAUCCAAAGCAGUACCUUGAGGAAACUUGCAAACCAAAAUGUGUUCGGCCUUUACGUGCAUAUCAGGCAUGCGUUGAGAGAAUCAAAGGAGAUGAGACCGGGCAUAAGCAUUGCACUGGGCAAUAUUUUGAUUACUGGAAAUGUGUUGACGACUGUGUUGCACUGAAGCUUUUUGUCAAACUGAAGUGAUCGGGAAAAAUCUAUUGUUCACAAAUUUUCAGUCAGUUGCGGUUUUAAUUUAUAAUGGCAGGAUUAGUGGUUGUGGAAACCUUUGCAAGGAAGUAAUAAGGAACAGUUCUCUUGAAACAACUGCUAUGGUGUUCCUGUGAUCAGCACUAAGAGCAGACUUAUUUCAUCAUUUAUUUUUAUCUGUAAUAUCAACUUUGACAUUUGUUUGGUUCCCAAUAUUUCGAAGUUGAGUGAAACUUUGGUCCUUUGGCCAACUUUUGAAGAA